UCACCGAGUCUCCGCUCUGAGUCUUCACUGGAACAGAGUUUGCGGAUUACGGUUGGUAAUGACCGGUAUUGCAUUGGCACACCAGAGCGAAGGAGGCUGCCUGAUAGACUGGGCUCACCAAUUGAUAACCUGAGUGACAGGGAUGAUAUGGCUGAUGGUCCAAUAUUCACUAGAGGCCUCUCAUGUCCCCGAGGCCUUGAGAGAUACCCUUCACAUGAAGAUCAACCAUCAAGUCCCUUUAUCAUGAGACAUGAUGAAGACUACCGCAACCGAGAUGUUUUCCUCCAUCGUUCAGACUACAGUCCGCAUUAUGGUCGUCGAGAAGAGCUGCCUCGUGGAUCUGACAGAGAUGGUGACAAACUCAGGAAAUCCUCUUACCCGUUGAGGCCAGAAGAGAGGGGACGAGAAAUAAAGCGUCCACGGUAUGAAAAGGAUGAGAAGGUGCAUGGCGUGAGUGGAGAGCACCAAGGUUUCUCACUAGGAACACGAAACUAUCGCAGACGAAGCCACAGCCGCAGUAGAAGCCCAAGUCCAUCAUACCUGAAUGAAGAAUUCCAAGAACUUGACCGUGCAAGGAGGAAAAGAGAAGAAGAAGAGCGUAGUAGAAACUUGAAUCAUGAUGUUUCAGGCAGUGGUUAUGUGAUCCCUGGCUUGACUAACACACUGCAGACUUCUGAGCCUCGGUAUACAUAUAGGCCUGAGGAAAUCCCAUCCAUGCCCAAAAAGUCUAUUUUGAAGAAACGAGUGGAGAUGGAAGUAGAGUCUCCUAUUCAGCCUGAGGGCUUUUCAAGCAGUCCGGCUCCCAGCAAGGAUCUUCCUCUUCUUUCUAGUAAUUCAUCUUUGCCCCAGAGCAACAACACAGCUCCUUUUGCUUCUGAAGUGGAGAACUUUCUCAAACGGUUUAACAAAGACUCUGUUGUGGAGUCUGCAAACAAGGACUUGCGUGAUGGUUUAUAUGAGUGGAGCUCGCUUUCUGGAGCUCCCAAAGACACUUUUAUGUCUGAAGAGAAGUUUGGAAGCUUCUUAAGUCAUAAGGAAAAGGUAGAACUCAAGGCAGAGCCUGCUGAUCGCCAUACUGACUUCUUGCUACCUCAUGAGAGGGCCAGUCAGGAUGGCAGUGGUUUCUCCCGAAUUCUGGGCAUGAUGGCUGAUUCUGUCAGUGCUCAGGAGAAGCGGAGGCGUAGUUUUCCUGACAUUGAGGAUGAAGAGAAAUUUCUUUAUGGUGAUGAGGAUGAAGAUAACAAAACUGAAACUCUCCCCAUUCAGAAGCCCCCAGUGAGUUGUGGCAAUGAGAUAGUAAGUCAGAAAGUGAGCCCACCUCCUUCUCCUGCUCCACCUGUCAAGGUGGAUCCUUUAGAAGAGUCUAAUGCUGAGUAUGCGAAAAUCCAUGACUUACUCAAAACCAUUGGACUUGACAUUGGUGUUGCUGAAAUUGGGAAACUGGCAGUUCGUACGCAGGAACGCCUUCAUGGCAAAAAGUUGGCAUCUCGUUCUCCUGAUCGUCGCUCUUCGGAUCCUCGCAGACUGGACCCUUGGGACUUGCGUCGUAGCCGGAGUGAUACUCGUUCUCCUGAGUCGGGCCAGCAGCGCUCAACAUCACCUCCAGGUUCUUUCCAGCACUCUAAAGAUCCAUCCUUGCUUCAGAAAUCAGAAUAUAUUAAGAACAAGCCAGUGGGACAGGAGAUACCUCCACGUGUACCAGAACAGCCUAUUCCUUCUGUCACUCUUAUCCCCUCAGUUCCACCAGCUCCUGCUAGUUUGCCGCCUACACCUACUUCAGUUUCGCAAUACCGAAUUCCCAACUACUCCCAGUUCGCUGCCACUCAAAUGCCCCCAAACUAUCCACCUCCUACAAUGGCUCCUCCAGGGUAUGAUGCAUAUGGGCACUAUAUGGCAUAUGCAGCCCCUGGCUGGACCAUGUACCCCCCUGCACAGCAGCCUAAUCCUACACUGCCAGAAGCUCAUGGCCUUAUUACUAUGGCCAUGUCAGCAAACCCCACACGUCCCAACCUCCGGGUGAUUGAGACAGUAUCUAUGGGAAAAGAUGUCCCUGACUUAAAAAGAGAUGCUUCUGUACUUGUUCAUGUCCCUACCACUCCUGCUCAUCCCAAGGCACCCCUUCGUCUGCCUUCACACCCACUCAAAAAUACCACAGAAAAGAUGUCAGAUGAAAAAAAUCGGGCAGCUCAAAAGCAGAAGGUCAUAGAAGAGAGAGAAAAACUGAAGAAUGAACGAGAAGCACGGCAGAAAAAGCUUUACUAUCUCAAGACUGAACUGGACAGGCUUCGUAAACAGCAAGGAGAGAUGUUGAGGAAAAAACGUCGUGAGAAGGAUGGACACAAAGACCCCUUAUUGGUUGAGGUGAACAGACUACAAGAGAAUAUUAUGAAGGAGAUUUCAGAGCUGCAUAAAGAAUCUGAUGCAGCUGACAAGAAGCAGUCUGAGCUUGACAAAGUAGCACAAAUUCUGGGGAUCAACAUAUUUGAAAAGCCCCGGAAACCAUCUGUGGAAACUAAAGAUUCCUCAGAAAAGAACAGCAAGUCAGAAAAUGCAAAAGCUCUGGAGAAAACAUCUUCCACCAACAAGGAAUCAAAAACUACUAAUGAAAAAUCCAGAGGUAGAAGUCCGAAGCCAGCAGAAUCCUCUUCACAGUCCACCAAACAUCCUUUCCAGUUGGCCAAUAUUUAUGAAUAUUAUGAUGCAGGGAACCACUGGUGCAAAGACUGCAAUACCAUCUGCGGGACCCUGUUUGAUUUUUUCACACACAUGCAUAAUAAGAAACACAGACAGACCCUGGAUCCUUACAACAGACCUUGGGCUUCGAAGACUCAGAGUGAGACCAAACAAGACUCCAUAAAACGCAUCGAUAAGAUAACUGUUCCUGCCAAAGGCUCUGAGUUUCUGAUUCCCAUCACUGGAUAUUAUUGCCAGCUCUGUCAUGAAUUUUUUGGAGAUCAAAUCUCAGCAGAGCAGCAUGUGAAAAGUCAUCCCCACAAUGAGAAAUAUAAGAAAUACAUAGAUGAAAACCCACUCUACGAAGAGAGGAGAAAUCUAGACCGCCAGGCUGGAUUGGCUGUUGUUCUGGAAACAGAGCGCAGGCGGCAGAGCGAGCUGAAACGGAAACUAGUUGAGAAAGAGAAAGAAGAGAAGGAUGAGAAGAAACAAAAAAUAGUGAAGAAAGAGGAAGCAAAAAGCAUCCCAGAGCUUGGAGAAGGGACUAGUGAAACUCAAGGCAAAAUUGAUUCUUCUGGGCGAAAAAUGGGUAUCAAGCUUAAGCUGAAGAAGGAAGAUAAGGAGGAGAAAAAAGAAGAAAAGAAAGAGGAAUCUAAAAAGGAAUCACCAAGCCAGACUUCCUUUGGGAAAUUCAGCUGGAAAAAGUCUGAGAGAGAGGAUAAAACCCCAGGAGGAGCUAUUCCAAAGGAGGAGAACACAGAAGGAAUCAAGGAAGAGAAUAAGUGUCAGUCUGCAAAACCCCAUGUCAAGCCUAUUGAAAUCAAGCUGUCUGGGAAAACUGUUAUUCCACACACUAGCCCGUGGACACCAGUCGUAGCCACACCAACACCAGCAAAAAUUCUACCCAAUCUGCCAGUCCCCACCAUGAUUUUCAGGAAGUCUACUACUGCAACAGUUAGCAAACCAGCACCUUUGAACACCUUUUUGUCCAUAAAAUCAUCUGGAGCUACCACUAAACCACUGCCUGUGGUAAAAGAAACAGGUGCAGAUCUUCUACUGCCUCCAGAUAUCAUCUCAAAAGCUUUUGGAGGAGAAGAAGUAAUUUUAAAAGGGGCAGAGGAGGAUUUGAAAGCAGCAGAGAAAAGUAAGUCUUCUCAGACUUCUGAUAUACCUCCUCCACCAGCAGUCCAACAGGCAGCUGUCAUCCCUGCAGAUGAAGUAGCUCCAGGUGUGUCUGAAAGUGAACAGACAAUGCUGGCAAUGCUUGUGAGACCACCACCACCACCACCUUCAACUGCUUUCAGUGAACAAGCAAAAAAGGUAGAGAAACGCAACUCUUGCUUGGCCACAGCCAAUGCUAAAGAUCUGUAUGGUAUUUUCUACAGUAGUGGUGGAAGGGGUUCAGCUGACAGCAAGCUUGCAAAUCCUGCACUUCCAAAUGGAGAAAACUCUAACCUAACAAAACCUGCAGAGUUACCCGCAAACCCUAAAACAAGUAAUAACUCAUCCUCCUUGAAAGAGGAUUCUCAGAAUGCAGCUGCUGAAGUUAGCCAAGUCCACUCAGCUGUGAAAACUUCAGAAAUGGAGAAAGCUGAUACUCAGGAGACUCUGAAACUUCAUACUGACAUGAGCUCUGACACUGAAAAUGGUAUUCAGAAAGACAUAGGUAAAAAAAUUCACACUCCUCUUUCAACAGAUGUUUGGACUAAAUUGAAAAAAAAUUCCUCGCAGUGUAAUAAUAAUCAAGUAACAGAGACUUGGGUUCUUGGUCAGAAUCAGGCUGAAAUGAACAAGAAACCAGUUCAGCCUCAGUUGUUGGAAAUGUCUGUCACAAAAUUGUCAGAAACAAAAACUACUUCUGGUAUCCAGAUGCCUGCAAAAAUUGGACUUGUGGAUAUAGGAGACAGAGAGCAGGGAGGCAAAACAGAGGUCCAAGAGAAAGUUGGACAGGAAGAUGCAAAUAAAACUGUGGUUACUAACACAAAUGGUCCUGGUACCUUGGAGAAAGAUGCAGAGAUGCAGAAAGACAGGGACGUAAAAGUGGUAGAGCCUGAGCUUACCUUACACCCAAAGACUUUGUUACAUGAAACACAGAAUGAAAAUAAAAAUUUGGGAAAAUCCCAAAUGUUAAGUGAUAACUGUAGAAGUCACACAGAAACUGAUAGUCUGGAAUUGGUCUGUGAUUCUCAAAACACUUCAAAAGAAAAAGCUUUGGUAGCAGUAAUGACUGAGCAGAAUUCUGUUGAUGCCUCCUUAAAAGAUGUAAAACUGAAAAGUGUAGCUUUGGAAGUAUCUCAGCCAGGAGACCUUGGUGAAGCUCCUCGACUUUCAAAAUUGACAGGGAGCCCUGGUGAAUGGGACACUUCCAGAACUAGUAAUGGAGAAGAACAGGUUAUCACAGCCCAUUCUUGUUCUGAAAGUGGUUCAGAUCUACCAAAAACUGCAAAUGUAGAAAUAAAAACUGGUUCUAAUGAAGUUAGUGCUUCAUUAUUGACAGAGGUACGGCCAGGCACAUGUCUUGCCAACGCAGAAACUAGUAGUAGCAUAUUGGAAGCUCAGGAAAAAGUUCGACCUGAACCUUCAGGCUGUGCAGUUUUAGUUAACCAAACCCCAAAGCAGGAAGUUGCAUGGUUAGUCAACACCUGCUCAGCAAACAUUGUUGAACUCAGAUCCAGUGUAGAAUUAGUAGUUGAAGUUGAAAAAAAAUCAUUAAGAUGCACUGGAUCUUAUGCAACAUUAGAUAAUGUUUUUAUCAAGAGAGAUGCAAAAGAAUUAGGGACUGGAGGCUUUUCUAGGGCUUGCUCUGAUCUUGUCCAAGAAUCAGUCCUUACUUUAUCAUCAGAUUUCCAUAGGGAGCAUCUUUCAGAAGAAGCUGUCCACUCCCCAGAGACAAAGCAUGAGGUCCUAAGAACCUCAGAAGUCAAUGACUUUCUUCUGAAUACCACUCACUCAGGAAUGAACACCGAGCAAUCUGAAAGUGUCUCUGCAAAUGUUUGUAUGGAUGUCAAGAAAGUUUCUUUGACAUCAGAAGGUGUGAAGCACAAUGAGACUCCUUCCCAGAAAACAGAGCUCGAGUUCAAAAGCACUGAUUGCAGUUUGGGAAAUACUAAGGUAAAACAUGGAUGCCACAGGAUCCUUCCAGCCGGACUUUUAAAUGACAAUACAGAAGAAAUCUCAAACCUAGAAACUAUUACAUCCAUUAGGCUGAAGUCUAGUAAAGUUAAGAAGCUGGGCACUGAAAAAAUAGUGGAUGAAACAGAGACGAAUGAUCUUGCUACAUUGACUUCUGGAAGCCGGGAAGAUAAAUUUUGCACACAGAUUUCUCAAACAGCUGUGCCGCAAUCCUCAAAUAGUAACACUACAGAAGUGGUCAUGCCAGCUCUAGAAAUGCAGGGCAUUUCUUCCAAGGCUGAGAUCCUUCUGCAAGUGGAAGAGAGCAAAAGCGGAACUGUUGAAGUGCUAUCACUGAGUUGUGAUGGAGGCAGCACAGAAAGUCAGGCUUCUACCUGUGUGGAAACUUUCCUUCCUGGGCUCAAAGAAACAGACAGAAAGGAGGGUGGCUUAGGAGGCAAGGGAGUAUGCACCAUCCAGAGCAAGAAGACUGAGCAAAGAGAAACUGCUGACAGUAGUUUGGAAGCUACAACAAAUUCAGGAAUUGCUGAAAGCUUAGCAGAAAGCCCAGUGGGUUGA